AUGUCACUCGAAGCUACUAUGAUCAUUGUCGACAACAGCGAAAGCAGUCGCAAUGGAGACUACACAUCAACUCGCUGGCAAGCUCAGGUUGAUGCUGUAAGCAUCAUUCACAGCGUCAAGAUGCGCGCACACCCACAGUCGGCGGUCGGCCUUAUGAGCAUGGGCGGCAAGGGUCCCGAGGUCCUUUCGACUUUCACCACGGACUUUGGUGCCAUCCUCGCCGGUCUCCAUCGCACUAAGAUCCACGGCACUUCGCACCUGAGCUCCAGUAUCCAGGUUGCAGGGUUGGCGCUGAAGCACCGUUCUGAGAAGUCCCAGCGGCAACGAAUCAUUGUGUUCUCCUGCUCCCCCAUCGAAGAAGAUGAGAAGACCCUCGUCAAGCUGGCCAAGAAGAUGAAGAAGAUCAACGUCUCGAUCGAUGUCGUCGCAUUCGGUGACCUCGAAUCUGACCAGACCAAGAAGCUUGAAGCGUUUGUGGAUAAUGUGUCGAGUGGCGAUGGCUCUCAUCUGGCGAUCAUCCCGCCGGGUCCCCAUCUCCUGAGCGAGGAGCUUCAGCAGACCCCGAUUCUGGCCGGAGAGGGUGCUGGUGCGGCGGGAGCGUCCGGCGACGGCGGUGACGCCGGUGGAUUCAACUUUGAGGAUGCGGCCGAGGAAGACCCCGAGCUGGCCUUUGCUCUCCGGUUAUCUUUGGAGGAAGAGAAGAACCGACAGGAGAAGGAGAAGCGCGAUCGCGAGGAAGCCGAGGGCAAGACGGAACUAGGCGGUAUUCCUGAAGAGGGAGGCGAGUCCAGCAAGGACAAGAAGGACGAUGACAAGAUGGACACUGCGUAG